CAACCUUUGCACCAUAACCUAAAAAACAAUAACAUAACCCCAAAAUUAAUUACUUCACUUCAAAUGAAGUUUUACGAAGCUAAAGUAGCGGAUAUAAUCCGUAGUUCGCAACGAGAUGAUAAUUUUGUAAAUGAACUCCAAAAUUAUUUAACAUCAAUCAUAAAAUCGUUCGGAAAUCAAAAUUAUAAUCGAUUGAGAAAAUUGAUUCCUCCAAUAUCCACCGCUUGGUACUAUUUGUUUACUUCCGUUUCAAAUUUGCAAACUUUAGGUGAAGAAUAUACUGGGACGAUUCGAUUGGAUGGUACACAAAAGAUUCCUGCAAAAUACUGGCAAAUUUUAUGGUUGAUUCUAUACGUUGGUGGUGAACCCAUUUUAGAUAGGACUUUGCAACAUUUGGAGAAAAAAACCAGUAAAAAUUACGAAUUAAAAGAUGAAGCAAGAAGAUUUAUUUUAAAAAACAUUAAAUUCGUUAAAAAUAAUAAAGAAUUGUUUAUUCGUUUACACCAGAGUUUAUUUUAUAUAAACGGAGCUUAUUAUAACAUUUCAAAUCGAUUAACAAGCAUCAGAUAUGUUUUAGUAAGGCAAUGGUUACAAAAUGAUGCAGCAACCCAAAGUUUUAGUAUUUUGGGUAAAAUUUCGUUUUUCUACACCAUUUUUUGUCUCAUUCGUAAUUAUAUCAAUGAGGGAAACAAUUUGUUAACAGAGACUUUAUUCGAUGUAGCUGAAAAUGGGAAAAUAUGCGUUUUAUGUACAGAGAAUCGACACAAUACUUGUUCGACACUUUGUGGGCACUUAUUUUGCUGGACUUGUAUCUUUGACAGUUUGAAGUUUCAAAAAGCUUGUCCCAUUUGCAGGGAAAUUAUAAAUCCAAGUAGAAUUAUAUUUUUACAGAAUUAUUCUUAAAUAUUAAACAUUUGUUAUAAGAUUAAAUUUGUUGGUUUUUAUA